AUGAGCCAGUUGUGUACCCGGGUGGCCAAGGCGGCCAAAAGCGUCCUGGCCUGUAUCAAACACAGUGUGUCCAGCAGGAACAGGGAGGCGGUUGUGGCGCUGUACUCAGCACAGUUCCUUGGCAUAGCAUUUCUUGGGAUUGGAUUGUGGGCAUGGAAUGAAAAGGGAGUGCUGUCCAAUAUUUCCUCCAUCACAGACCUGGGAGGCUUUGAUCCCGUUUGGCUCUUCCUGGUGGUAGGAGGAGUUAUGUUCAUUUUGGGAUUUGCAGGAUGCAUUGGAGCAUUGCGAGAAAACACCUUUCUUCUCAAGUUUUUUUCUGUGUUUCUUGGAAUUAUCUUCUUCCUGGAGCUCACUGCUGGUGUUCUAGCAUUUGUUUUCAAAGACUGGAUAAAGGACCAGCUGUAUUUCUUUAUCAACAACAACAUCAGAGCAUACCGAGAUGACAUUGAUUUGCAAAACCUCAUAGACUUCACACAGGAAUAUUGGCAGUGCUGUGGGGCUUUUGGAGCUGAUGACUGGAACCUUAAUAUUUACUUCAAUUGCACAGAUUCCAACGCGAGUCGGGAGCGCUGCGGUGUGCCCUUCUCUUGCUGCACUAAAGACCCUGCCGAAGCUGUUAUUAAUACUCAGUGUGGCUACGAUGCAAGGCAAAAACCAGAAGUUGAUCAGCAGAUUGUUAUCUACACUAAAGGCUGUGUCCCUCAGUUUGAGAAAUGGUUGCAGGACAAUCUUACCAUAGUUGCUGGUAUAUUCAUUGGGAUAGCAUUACUGCAGAUUUUUGGGAUAUGCUUAGCCCAGAAUUUGGUUAGUGACAUUGAGGCUGUCAGAGCCAGCUGGUAAAACUGCUGAAGUAACCACAAGAAGACACUGGACAACCGAAACCCUCUGAAACCUCCAGUGUGUCGCUCCGACACCAAGCUGUAUGGACAUGGGUGACAGGGAAGCCUUCUCUCCCAAGUAGUCUCAAGUAUAGGUUCCUGAUGUUGCAGUGAACUCGUGUUUCUUUGGGGUGGGGGAGAGAAGAGUGGGCUAUUUGAAAUCUGCUGCUCACUGAUUUUUUUUUUUUU